AUGUACUUUACAAGCACAGCCGUUUCAGUGUUCUGUGCGAUCGUUUUCCUGUUUUCGCGGGGCACUUCCGGGGUAAGUCAACGGGCAGCUCCCGCGGCGCUGGCGGACCUUGGCCUUGGCUACAACCUGCUGUACGGAAACACGGACGGCGGAGGCUGGCGGAGCGGUGGUGAUGACCCGGGGCUGCUGGCCACUAGACACAUUCUUCGUCUUGAUUGCGAGGACUCCGCGAAACUUCCUGUUAAUGUCAUAUACGAGAGCCAUGAGAACUGCCAGACUACGAAAGCAGACGACAUCAUAUUCAGUCCAAAAUCCUAUCAAACGAAACUCGCAUCAAGAAUAACAUAUAAUGGACGACAAAUAUCUGGAGUAUCGGAUCUUGCUUUCACAAAAAGUACAGCAUAUGACGCGGUGGCACGUGAAACGGAUGCCAUUCACUACGUGUUACAAGACUCCACGAGUACGUGCGUGCACGGGUCUAUGCGUUACCAACAGUUCGUACACUCCGACCUCACCGAUGAAUUCAUUUCCGCCGUUUGUGGUCUUCCGGUGAAGUACAUCGCCAGCAACUAUGAGCAGUUUAUCGACACUUGGGGAACGCACGUUGUGACGGGAGUGACGUUAGGCACACGCAAGACGGAACGGACGAUUGUACCUCGAACGGAUUACGUCAAAAAAGUCAUGUCCACGUCUCCGCAUGACGUCACUGUUGGAGGGCCGAUGUAUACGUCCCAAACGUCAUAUGUCGUGGACACCGCCUCAUUGAAAUUACGUUCAGAAUUUCCGCUGGGGUUUGUCUCGUCCCCAACAUCCACCCUUUACACUGGGAUUUCCACCGACAUAGUUGGGACAACGACGACUUCAAUUGAGCCGAUUGGUUUAAGCUUAAUGUCAAUUGACGUGCUUUUGGAUCAAAGUAACUUUGGUGUAGACGCAAACGAGCUCUCUUACUUAGACGCUUGUCAAAGCAUAAAUUCCCAGAUGCUAGAACAGCGACGGCAAAAUUUAGUUCAAGCGUUAACGAAUUACGGAAUUAUGAAGAAUGCAUCUCAGCCUGUAGGUAUGCAGCAAGGAUACGAGAAAUUCGCAAUCCCAGUCGUCUGGCCUCAAGGAACGUUCGCCUUAAUGAAGCCUCGGACCGGUUGUCCCACCUCCGCUAGUCGCUGGCUGGAAGGUUGGCUUAAGCAGACUCCAGAAAGACAGUCGCCAAAUAACGAGUGGAACGCAACGCAUCUUGAUGGGUCUUUAACGAAAACAGAAUACAACUUCCAUUUUUGCGUAAAGCCAGACGCUUCGGACGAAUUUUCACUUGCUUGGCCACAAGGAGACUAUUGUGUGCUAAAACAUGGAAACUGCCCGACUGAUUUCACAGAAGGUUAUGUUCAAUUUGACGAUGAUGACACAGACAAUGGUAAUGCUCACGGCGGAGUUAUGCCCGACGGGACGUAUGGCAGCGAUACACGGCUCAACUUUUGUUGUCGGUCUGACGGCAGGUCAUACAACGCCAUCACCCUGCCGACUGAUAAGCCAUUUUAUCUGUUCCCGAAUGGAAAUGGAUGUCAAGAAGUGAAUGGCAUGCACUCGUUGGUUGAAUACAUACAAUGGGACGACGAGGACCAAACGCAGAAUGUACAUAGUGGCAUCGGUGGAGACACACCAGGAAUGACAUAUUGCGAUGGCCAUAACUGUGGGGGAACCUACUCCAAAAUAUAUUUCUGUUACUACGAGAAAAACAUAUCUACUGGCAUUAUUGUUGGAUAG